CCUUGCUACACGGAGGUCAAGAUAGUUAGUUUUUCUACUGGCAAAGCUUCAUGUAGAACCUUAACAUGAGUCCUGCCUGCUCAAAGUGGAGUCCUCCAGAGUUGAGAAUGAUCGUGGUGCUCCAGUUCAUGGCAUUUUGCCUGGCCCUGGUGUCCACUGUCUUCCUCAUCGUAGCAACCUGGACUGACUGCUGGAUGGUCAACGCUGAUGACGACUUGGAGGUCAGCCAGAAGUGCAGAGGCCUGUGGUGGGAGUGUGUCACCAACACACAGGAUGGCAUUCGGACCUGCGACCAGUACGAGACUAUCCUCGCUGAGCAUCCGUUGAAAAUUGUGCUCACACGUGCUCUGAUGAUUACGGCGGACAUCCUAGCCAGCUUCGCACUCAUCAUCCUGGUGCUGGGACUGGACUUCAUCAAGCUGUUCAAGGAAGAGCCCCACAUAAAACUGAGGAUAUGUUACUUUGCAGGAUACAUAUUUGGGUUAGGAGGAAUCCCAGGGAUGAUUGGCUCUGUGUGGUACGCAGUGGAUGUCUAUGUGGAGAGAGCCACUCUUGUGCUGAAGAAUGUCUACCUUGGGAUGCACUACGAAUUCGGAUGGUCUUGUUGGCUGGGCAUGGCUGGGUCGACUGGAUGCUUUCUAACCUCUAUUGUACUAACCUGUUGUCUGUAUAUUUUUAGAGAUGCCAGAUCUUCACAAUAUAACAGAUCCAUAUACCAGUAUGGAAGGACAGCAGCGGGAAAGAAAUAUGCUAUGGACUCCAGAGUGUAACAGGAAGGACUGCAAACCUGUAACCCAGGCGACAACAGGGAGGCAGUGGAGGAGCAUCGGUAUUGUAAAUGGGGAUUCAGUGGUAAAGGAAGUGACUGCAAGUGUGAAAGAGGCAGCCAACCUGCCUCAGAGAGACCAUUCCACCAGCGGCUUGGGCCUGUGAGCGUCAUUGUGUCAUUGCAUUUUAUAGCUGGGCAUACGAAACCCACACCACUCUACUCACAGUUAGGACAUGGGCUGUUGGCUCAGUAAUUCUCUGGUAAAUCUAUGGAUUCGUCUGCAGUAAUGGAUUUAUGUUUUAGAAAUGACAAAUUUCAGACAACAAACAUUUCCAUUUGGAUAAAAAGGCCAAUACAUAUUCAUAUACCAGGUUAUUAUAAAGUCAGUUGUCAUUCUACAAUGACUAAAAACAUACUAUGAGUCUGUUUUUUUUAACUGAAAUUAGUGCCACCCUUCCUUGUUUUAACUUACUCAAGAGGAAAUUCUGUGGGUACUUAGGUUAAGUUUGCAAAGCACCAAGAACCACUAUAAGUAAGAAACAUUGCUCAGCUGUAAAUGUUCUUAAAUACAUAUUAAAUAUAAUUUAAUACAUGGAAAAACAAUAAAUUCCAGCUUCAUAAUCACCUGGUAUAUGUUUCUGAUUUUCAGCCACAAUGUGAAUUUUGAACUCCAGUUUUCUGCCAUUUUUUUAAGGGAAGAGAUUCUAUUCAGUCUAUGAGAUGACUAUUCCAUGAUCAAGGUUUUAUUGUGAUGUAUCUUGUUAAAGUUUCUCAUACUGUUUUUUGUAACAGGACAAUGCAUCUCACCCAGCAAAAUUAUAUUUAUUUAGGAGUUCUGGAAUGGUACUUAACCUUUGCUUGAGGGAAGUACUUGUUGUUAGUGCAAGGGCUCUUUUUUUGGAUGUAACAAAGUGAUUAACAAUAGUUUAAUGUCUGAUUCUGAGUACAAAGACUGGUGACUUGUGUGAAAGCCGUUAUUAAAUUCAGCUAUUGUA